AUGGGUAACAACCCUUCCAAAGGCCCGGUCGGCGAUGCGCCGCCGGGCCAUGCGCAUGCCGGCUCAGCGGGGGACAGAAAGGUGGUUCGUCGACCAUCCCUCAAUGCAAUUCCGACAGCCAAAAGUGUGGCCGCCGACCCCUCCGCGACCAAAGAGACCGUCGCCGGCCGCUCGGCAGCAUACCAGGCACCCUCGCAACACCGGCUACAGACUCGGAAUAUCCCCGAUUCCCCGACCCGGCAUCACGGCCACCAGGAGAGACCCGACUCACGGAGAUCCGCGCCCCCUCAAAGCAAGAACAUCCCCUCCCCCGACCCCACCAAUCCGGUCCAGGUCCCAACGUCCCGCCAUAACGCGGGCCGCGACUCCGUGGCUCCCUCUGGCCCGCCCCUCAACUCUUACUACAGCGCAUCGGCGCACCUGCAGCGCCCACCGCGCAUGCCCCUGCCCAUUGGCGAUGCUAACACCACUCCCGGCUCGCCGAUCGUGGGCCCCGAAGACUCGCAUAUCCAAUCGCUCCCCGCGGACCAGCUUCUGGAUGAACAGAUGGACCAAGAUGCUUCGACGGUCGGCAGCUCGACGUUGGAUGGGGAUGAGGUGGCGGACGAGCUGCAGCCGUAUACUGUGAGUGGGGUAGGGAAGGCCGUGCCCACGUUGAUUGAAUGGACGGGACCCGGGGAGAAGGUCUAUGUGACGGGAACUUUUGUCAAUUGGGAGAAGAAGUUUCGUCUCCAUAGAAGGUAUGUUUUGCCCGUCCUUUUGGUCAACUAG